UCACGCCCCUAAUCUCAUUGGAGCCUUUGCAGUAGCCCUGCCCAUGGGCCAAUUCCCCCACUUCACAAAUGAAGUAACCGAGGCUCACAGGCGAGAAGAGCCCCUCUGAAGUAGGUGCUGGGAAAGGGUGGCAGCUGCAGGACUGGAACCCGGACCCUCCGCGGUAGGGGCCCGCUCCCCCGCCACUCCCCCGGCUUCUCCCAAGAACUCCCCCUUCCACGCCGCCCGCGGGGUGCGCUCGCCGCCGCGCGCGCGCCUCGCUGACUUCCCGAGCCCGGGCUCGCUCUUACCUCACUUCUGCUGAGAGCCUGGGGCACGCGGGGUCCCGGACCCGCCCUGGCCGCGGUGCUGCGGGUGGACACAGCCCCCAGCCCCCCCACUGGGCACCAUGGACUGGAAGACCCUCCAGGGGCUCCUGAGUGGCGUGAACAAGUACUCCACAGCGUUCGGGCGCAUCUGGCUGUCAGUAGUGUUUGUCUUCCGGGUGCUGGUGUAUGUGGUGGCGGCAGAACACGUGUGGGGGGACGAGCAAAAGGACUUUGACUGUAACACCAAGCAGCCAGGCUGCACCAACGUCUGCUACGACCACUUCUUUCCCAUCUCCAACAUCCGCCUCUGGGCCCUGCAGCUCAUCUUCGUCACGUGCCCCUCGCUGCUGGUCAUCCUGCAUGUGGCCUACCGCGAGGAGCGUGAGCGGAGGCAUCGCCAAAAGCACGGUGACCAGUGUGCCAAGCUGUACGAUGACACAGGCAAGAAGCACGGCGGCCUGUGGUGGACCUACCUGUUCAGCCUCAUCUUCAAGCUCAUCAUGGAGUUCCUCUUCCUCUUCGUGCUGCACACUCUCUGGCAUGGCUUUGGCAUGCCGCGCCUGGUGCAGUGUGCCAGUGUGGAGCCCUGCCCCAACACCGUGGACUGCUACAUCGCCCGGCCCACAGAGAAGAUGGUCUUCACUUACUUCAUGGUGGGCGCCUCAGUCAUCUGCAUCAUGCUCACUGUCUGCGAGAUCUGCUACCUCAUCUUCCACAGGAUCCUGCAGGGCAUGCACAAGAAUAGACCCCCAAGGGCCCGGGGACCCUCAUCCUCUGCCAGCCGGGCCUCCACCUGCCGCUGCCACCACAAGUUGGUGGAGGCUGGGGAGCCAAGCCCUGACCCAGGUGAUGACAAGCUACAGGCUUCAGCACCCAACCUGACCCCCAUCUGACUGCGGGCUGGGGGCGAGGCUGGGGCUGCUGCUAGGGACAAGCAUGAGGAUAUUGCAAAGGUGGAGGGGUCCUAUAGAGACUGGGUGAUACCCCCCGAGAAUUCACUAAGCUAUCCAACAGUGCUGGGCACUGUGCCUUCUAUAUGCAAAUAGGCCAAGUGCCAGCCCUCAGGGGAUACAAACAUUUAAAGACACUUAAAGAAGCGAAUUAACUAAAUGUGUGCAAGGGGAGGCUUAGGGGGCUCGUAGCAGGGGCUUCUACCUAAUCCAGGAGGGGUGAUCAGGCAAGGCUUCCCUGAGGAAAUAAUGUUUAAGGGAGAUGAGAGGUGUUUUCAGGCAGAGAGAACAGCAGGUGCAGAGUGCUGGAAGCCACAGAAACACAAAGGGAGUCUUCAUUUCUCAAGAGAAGCAAGGUCUGGAGGCCUGAGAGUGAGCUUGGGAAGAGAAGGAGGUUCUGAUGAAGACAAUCCCUGCUCCAAACACCCAGGGAACCUCUGGGUCACCAGUACCCUCAGGGGAAACCUUUCCCCUCCCCUCAAGCCCUCUUCCCCAGCUUCAGGCAGCUUUGCUUCCAUCUUCCUCCCUGCAAAUGUGCUAAAUCUGGUGCCAAACCUUUCAGACCCUUCUCCCAGGGACGCAGGGUGGAUGAGCUCCUAGGAACAUCCCCAAGGCAGUUGCCUUGAAAUCAAUAAAGG